AUGGCGCCUACGGAAUCCUCAAUUCUGGGCAAUUUUCUGCUCUCACCGGCCCCUUUGCCGACGAUCAUGUCGUUACAGCAGUUUACUGAGCUCUUCCCAAAGCGUUUGCGGUCUCAUCCGCACAUUAGGGCGCUCUACCGCGAACUGCAAGAGCUACGGGAAAAUGACAUGGACCUCGUCAACGGUAACAUUGACAAGGAGGUUCGCCAGGGGGAGACCCAAAAAGCAGAGCUCCGGAAGUCCGUCACCAAAACAGGUGUUGACGGACUCAGCUCUAGCGAUCAGCGUGAGAUGGAUAUGGAUGUCCAAUUGUUCGGACAAACAUCGUCUUCCGACUAUCAUUCAUCAUCUAGUCUCCUGGAUGCCAUGGAGAAGGCCAUCUCGGACAUUGACCGUCAAGUUUCUGAGACCGAUGAGGAAGCAGCAGCGAUCUUGACUAUGCUCAACAACACGGUCGGAGAAAUGAGCGACUUGCGCUACGGCAAGAUGCAAGGCCCCGCCGGCACAAGCGGCGAAGACAUGGUGAAUGAAGCCAUCCGAGGCUUGGGUCAUCUGGAAGAUGCGUGCUAUCGUAAAAGCUGA